GCGUUAAUCGCAACAAUGCGUUAGAAUUGAACCAUCGCUUUGAACAAAUCAAAGAGUACGUCGACCAGCGAGUGAUCCAAUUAUAUGUUGAUGGCCUCAACAGUAAUUACAGAACGCUCGCCACCCAAUGGAAAAACUGUCUGACCGACCGACGUUUACUGCAAUGUCAGAGGCAAGUACUUCGCAGAAUGGAAGCCGAAGGGACGGAGAAGUAUAUUUUGAAAGAUUUCAAGUCCGAAAGUGAACAAUCGUACCAGGAGACCACAAAGAAACUUGAAGCGUCCUUGAUUGUUUUCCGAAAUUUCGCCAGCACCCAUUUGUAUGCGCUUAGAACGGCAGCGAACUGCCUGAAUGUAGAUGACCCCUCAGCAUCGGCCGAGGAAAAGGCGGAGAGAAAACAAGACUUGAGAGAUACUUUGGAAGACAUUAAGAGAUACGGCAAGAUGUACCAUGAAUAUGCAGGACAGGCAUAUAUGGAAAUAAAACAGAAACAGAGGGAAUACCACCAGAACAGCAUCAAAAGUUUUCAUGAUGAAGCACAAGAAAAGUCAAAAUCAGAAUGGUUUGGAAACAGUUGCUCUUUCAUGUAUUGCUAUAAAGUUUGGUUGACGCUCACAAUCCAUCCCAAGUGCACCACCAUGUCAGUUGAUGGCCAGCAUUCCUGCAUGGUCACCAGGGAAACCAGCCGUUACGAUAAAGCUACGCGCGGGUUUAUGUAUAAAAAUUUUAAAUCAGAGCUCCAGAAUUCUGUCAGAGCAGCCGCUAAACAGAUCUGCAAGUCUUCCCUUGUCAACUUCAUGAAAGAUUUGGAGACCUACUGGCAAACGGAGUUGGUGAACACCGCUGGCCUGUGGAAACAAGCGUCUGAGGUGGCAGCCGCUGAGCUAAAAAGUAUGGCCAGACAAAAAGAUUCGUCCGGAAAUGAUGAGUCCGGAGACCAACAGGAAUACUAGUUGCUUGAAAGAACCUCUCCGUAAAGGGGUACACUUCUGUAAAGACACGCAUUUGCAUUGUCCAAGGAAUAAAAGAUAUUCAAGCUGC